UGAGGCUUCCAAUGUUUUGCCCGAAAUCAGAAACCAAAGCCCAAGCCCUCUCUCUCUCUCUGUGGCUGCUCUUCUCUUUCUUCUUUUACUUUGCUCGCCCACGCACUCUCCCCCGUUCCCAUUUUCCCCCAAUUCUCGCUCCUCCCCGCUUCCUGGGAUAUCAAAAAUCCACUUCUACUUACCAUCUCUCGCAUUUGGAUUAUCAAUUGCUCCGGAAAUUCUUGUUUCUGCCUCUUUUUCAUGGUCGCCCCAUCGCACUAACCUCUGCUCCACCUUUCAUUCUAUCGUCGUCUUCAUUUUGGCGACGGCGAUUACCUCAAUUGCUUUACUACCUCUGCCCGUCUUUUGCGUACAGAGGUCAGUACCGCCUCCCAAUCCAUGUUUUUUCCUUAUGAUUUCAUCUGGGCUUCUCUCCUUUUUUCUGCAUCUAAAUGAUUAUGCACUUUACAUCCGCUAGCUUUGGCUUCUCGAACUCCUUUUCUCAACAUUGCCCAUGUAAUAACUUCACUGUCUUCACCCCCUCUCACACAACUCCCAACCCCCUUUCCACUCCUUUAUCUAGAAAAAGAAGAAAACAGUUUUCCGCCGCUUUCGUUCACCGAUAUUUCAGAAGAAAAUGGUUCUUGGCUUGUUCUAUUUCUCCCGAUGGCGCAAGUCGCAACUUGAAUCUAGAUUUUGCAAGUUCCACGAGGAGGGGUGCCAAAAGUUUUGUAGUGAAGCAUAUUGCCGAUGAAUUGGAAAGGGAAGAAUUCUCCCAGGACUCAUCUGUGCAAGUGGGAUCAAAUUUCACUGGUUUCCAGGAGGAUCCUAUUGUUGAUAAGUUACGGACCCAGCUAGGAGUCAUACACCCCAUCCCUUCGCCACCUAUUAAUCGAAACAUUGUUGGACUUUUUGUCUUCUUUUUCUUUGUUGGAGUUGUCUUCGACAAGUUAUGGACAUUUAGAAGGAGAAAUAAAUCGAGAAAUGAGGACGGGCGUCGCGGCACAUGGCCGCAGGUGCCGACUAGUUUCUCGUCGUUUUUGGAGAAGGAUUUACAAAGGAAAGAGUCGGUGGAGUGGGUGAAUAUGGUUUUGGGUAAGUUAUGGAAAGUCUAUCGACCUGGUCUCGAGAAUUGGCUUGUCGGGUUGUUGCAACCCGUUAUUGAUAAUUUGAAAAAACCUGAUUAUGUGGAGAGGGUGGAAAUUAAGCAGUUCUCCUUGGGGGAAGAACCACUGUCAGUUAGGAAUGUUGAGAGGCGAACAUCCCGUCGAGCCAACGAUUUGCAGUACCAAAUUGGUCUGCGUUAUACUGGCGGUGCUCGUAUGUUAUUAAUGCUAUCGCUAAAAUUUGGCAUCAUCCCCAUUGUUGUUCCUGUUGGUGUCCGAGAUUUUGACAUAGAUGGUGAAUUAUGGGUCAAGUUGCGGCUUAUUCCAGCUGAGCCUUGGGUAGGUGCUGUCUCAUGGGCAUUUGUUUCACUCCCAAAGAUCAAAUUUGAGUUGUCACCGUUCCGCUUGUUCAAUUUAAUGGCCAUUCCUGUUCUCUCCAUGUUUUUGACAAAACUUCUCACUGAGGAUUUACCUAAAUUAUUUGUACGGCCAAAAAAGAUAGUUCUAGAUUUCCAAAAAGGUAAAGCAGUUGGACCUGUUACAGACGAGGUUAAAUCAGGAGACAUGCAGGAGGGAAAUAAAGAUUCCGUUGGGGAACUUUCAAUAACCCUUGUAGAUGCUCGGAAGCUUUCUUACGUCUUCUAUGGAAAAACAGACCCAUACGUCAUUUUAAGCUUGGGUGAUCAAAUAAUACGCAGCAAAAAGAACAGUCAGACCACUGUCAUUGGACCACCUGGUGAGCCAAUCUGGAAUCAGGAUUUUCAUAUGCUUGUUGCAAAUCCUAGGAAACAGAAAUUGUACAUCCAAGUGAAAGAUUCUCUUGGAUUUGCAGAUUUGACCGUUGGUAAUGCAGAGGUCGAUCUUGGAUCUCUUCAAGAUACUGUACCAACAGACAAAAUUGUUGUUUUAGGAGGAGGUUGGGGACUCUUUAGAAAUAGGUCUUCUGGAGAAAUACUACUGAGAUUGACAUACAAAGCAUAUGUUGAGGAUGAAGAGGACGACAAGGCUGCUGCAUCAGAAGCAAAUGUGUUGGAUAUAGAUAUUUCAGAUGACGAGUCAUCUGAUUCUGAUGAACCAAAUGGUGCUUAUGAGAAAGAGGGUGAGAAGGAUGCUGCAAAAGAAACUGAAAAGGAAUCGUUCAUGGACGUUCUAGCGGCUUUGAUAGUGAGCGAAGAAUUUCAGGGGAUAGUGACAUCCGAAACACUGAAUACAAUACUUCAGAAUGAUGCCACUUCUACUAGCACAAGGACGACAAGGUCGAGCUCGAGAUCACGUGAUGCGGCUACUGACACCAAAACCAAACCCAUGGUUUCUGGCAACGGGACUGGAGGUUUAACUGAAUCGGCAUUGUUUUGGCUUGCUGCGAUCACAAGUAUAUCUGUGCUUAUUGCUAUCAACAUUGGUGGUUCGAAUUUCUUCAAUCCAUGAUCCAAUGCCACUCCCUCUCAAGUCUCAUCGAAGCUUUGCAUGCGUAGUAGAAGAUUUUAGUAGCAACGGAGCCCCCUUGGUAGUAAGCUGGCUGUGGCUCGCCCUUUAUACGCAUUGAACAAUGAGAAUCAACCAAAGUUAACUCCUGUUCGGUUUGUAUAUAAGUCACUAACGGAGCAAUAUCCUGUUGGCGGCAUACCAAUUUUGACGUUGUAUUAUAAUAACAAAUUUACACCGUUUACAUCAACUUGACACCACACCUAUCCUUUAUCCUCCCGAUAGCAGGAGGCAAAUUUUUGCCCAA